CAAUCUCGAAACCCCUUAUCACAGUUGUUCAACACCCCAAUUGCAAUGUUAUCCAACAAAGAAUUAUUCGAGUUAAACAAGAAGGCCGUCACCGAAGGCUUUAACAUUAAACCAAGAGUAAACUACAAUACUGUUGGGGGUGUUAAUGGUCCAUUGGUGAUUUUGGACGAUGUCAAGUUUCCUCGUUAUAAUGAAAUUGUUAAUUUAACUUUACCUGAUGGUACCGUGAGAGCUGGUCAAGUCUUGGAAGUCAGGGGUAGCAAGGCCAUUGUGCAAGUGUUUGAAGGUACUUCAGGUAUUGAUGUUAAGAAGACCAGGGUGGAAUUUACUGGUAAAAGUAUGAGAAUCCCUGUGUCGGAGGAUAUGUUGGGAAGAAUCUUUGAUGGUUCUGGUAGACCAAUCGACAAAGGUCCAAAGAUCUUUGCCGAAGAUUACUUGGACAUCAAUGGAUCUCCAAUCAAUCCAUAUGCUCGUAUUUACCCAGAAGAAAUGAUUUCCACCGGUAUUUCUGCUAUCGACACCAUGAAUUCUAUUGCUAGAGGUCAAAAGAUUCCAAUUUUUUCUGCUUCGGGUUUACCUCAUAAUGAAAUUGCUGCUCAGAUUUGUAGACAAGCUGGUUUGGUUAGACCUACCAAGGAUGUUCAUGAUGGACAUGAAGACAAUUUCUCGAUUGUUUUUGCUGCCAUGGGGGCCAAUUUGGAAACCUCAAGAUUUUUCAAACAAGAUUUCGAAGAAAAUGGAUCUUUGGAAAGAACCACUUUGUUCUUAAACUUGGCUAAUGAUCCAACCAUUGAAAGAAUCAUUACCCCUCGUUUGGCCUUGACCACUGCUGAAUAUUUGGCUUAUCAAACCGAGAGACAUGUUUUGACAAUCUUGACCGAUAUGUCUUCUUAUGCUGAUGCUUUGAGAGAAGUUUCUGCUGCUAGAGAAGAAGUUCCUGGUAGAAGAGGUUACCCAGGGUAUAUGUAUACCGAUUUGUCUACCAUCUACGAAAGAGCUGGUAGAGUUGAUGGUAGAAACGGUUCCAUUACUCAAAUUCCUAUUUUGUCCAUGCCUAACGAUGAUAUUACUCACCCUAUUCCUGAUUUAACUGGUUAUAUUACUGAAGGGCAAAUCUUCGUUGAUCGUCAAUUGAGUAACAAGGGUAUUUACCCCCCAAUUAAUGUGUUGCCUUCGUUGUCUCGUUUGAUGAAGUCAGCUAUUGGUGAAGGUAUGACUAGAAAGGAUCAUGGUGAUGUUUCUAAUCAAUUGUAUGCCAAAUAUGCCAUUGGUAGAGAUGCUGCAUCCAUGAAGGCCGUUGUGGGUGAAGAUGCUUUGUCUACUGAAGAUAAAUUGUCGUUGGAGUUCUUGGAGAAGUUUGAGAAGAAUUUUAUUGCCCAAGGUGCUUAUGAAAACAGAACUGUUUUUGAAUCGUUAGACUUGGCUUGGUCUUUAUUGAGAAUCUACCCCAAGGAAAUGUUGAACAGAAUUAGUCCAAAGAUUUUGGCUGAGUUCUAUGAAAGGGAAAGAGAACAAGAGGAUGAGGAUGAUGAAGAUGAAGAAGCGAAAACCGCUGAUAAAUCCCACGACUUGAUUGACGCUUGAGGCUAUUUAGAACAAAGUUGACAGUUAUCAUCUCAUUACAUCUCUAUUAUUACAAUAGACACAGUUCACUUUUAGUUCACCCCUUUUAUUACAAAAGAAUAUUUUACUUUAUAUUUUUGUCAUUAAUACACUACAAAAAUCUUUUCAUUGACAUGCUUCAAAUUAUUAAUUCUGAACUCAAUAGGGUUCUCUAUAUAUACAAUUAUUGUUUACAAUUUAGAUUGAGCAUUGGCAGCAGCUUGUUCUCUCUUGGUGUUACCAAUAAAGUUAAUGGCAGAACCUGCUUUGAAGAAGUCAACUUGAUCCUUGGACAUCGUGUGCUUGCACAAGAUUUCAAACUCACCAGAGCCAUCUUUCUUAGUGACCUUCAUUCUUAAAGUACCACCGUUGUUACCGUCUUUGGCCAUCAUGUCUACUAAGUCAAUAGUAGUUAACAAGUCACCAGCGACGAUUUUAUCGUAGUCAGCUUCAUCGGCAAAUGUCAAUGGUAACAUACCUUGUUUCUUCAAGUUAGUUUCGUGAAUUCUAGCAAAUGAUUUGACCAAAAUGAUUGAACCACCCAAGAAUCUUGGAGAUAAUGCUGCAUGUUCUCUGGCAGAACCUUCACCAUAGUUGUGUUCAGCAACAACUAUCCAAGGUCUUCCAUCUUCUUUCCAUUUCAUCAUUAAUUCAGGAAUUCCAUAUUUGUCACCGUUUAAAUCAUAAGCAGUAUUCACCUCACCAGUUUCCUUAUUGACGGCUCCAAUCAAGGUAUUGUAGGAAAUAUUUUCCAAGUGACCCUUGUAUUUCAACCAUGCCCCUGCAGCAGAAAUGUGAUCAGUGGUACAUUUACCUUCCACCUUAACCAAUACAUUGGUACUUAAUUCUUCACCAGACCAUGCUUUGAAAGGUUCCAAGAUUUGUAAUCUAUCAGAAGUUGGCGAGACACUGACAGAAACAUCUGGCUGUGGUUGAGGAUUUGGAUCAGGGUAGAACUCUUUUCUUCCUGGGAUAAACCCUUGGUAUGGUAAUUCUUCGCCUACAGGAGGCUCGAAUUUGAACUCCUUGCCGUUGUCCAUUUUGAUCGAGUCAGUGACAGGAUUGAAGUCCAUGUCUCCCGAGUAGAUCAUGGCUGUGACCAUGUCUGGCGAGGUCAAAAAGUUCAUAGUGUUUCUGUUACCAUCGUUUCUGGCUCUGAAGUUUCUGUUGAAAGAGGUGAAGAUAGCAUUACUUUCGUUGGAAGUUUUGGAAAUAUCACCUCUGUCCCAUUGACCGAUACAAGGACCGCAAGCAUUAGCCAACACAAUUGCUCCAUUCUUUUCAAACGUCUCGAUUAAACCAUCUCUUUCGAUAGUAGCUCUGAUUUGCUCUGAACCAGGAGUCACAAAAAAUGGAAUCUUUGGUCUUAAACCCACAGCUUCGGCCUGUCUCAUGAGGGAGGCAGCUCUACUCAUAUCUUGGUACGAAGAGUUGGUACAAGAACCAAUCAAACCAGCAGACACUUUUCCAGGCCAACUUUCUUUCCUUGCGGUUUCGCCAAAUUGUGAAAUGGGAGUAGACAAAUCGGGAGUGAAAGGACCGUUGACAUGAGGUUCCAAUUCCGACAAGUUGAUUUCAAUCACCUUGUCGUAUUCGGCACCGGCAUCGGCGGUCAAGAAGUUGAAUUUGCUGUUGGCAAUGUCUGCCAAAUCUGCAAUUGGGCCUCUGUUCGUUUGGUGCAAGUAACGACGAUGAGCAUCUUGGUAUGGGAAAGUGGAGGUGGUGGCUCCGAUUUCAGCUCCCAUGUUACAGAUGGUGGCCAUACCGGUGCAAGACAAGGUUUGGACACCCUCACCAAAGUAUUCAACAAUGAACCC